AUGUCUUCGAAAACGGAUAAGGAAAAAUCAAUUAGCAUCGUGUUUCAAAGAAAACCAUUAUUGAACAGUAUUAAAGUACAAUCUGAGAGAAAAUAUAAACACCAAGGGAAGCAUAGAUUACUGACGAAUGCGAGCCGUGGAAGUAAUGAAACAAUGCGGACCACAUUCGCGGCCUGGCGGCCCGACAUAAGCAGAUCGAAUGAUCUUACAAAUUUAAAAUUUUCGCAUCUUGUCAAAGCAGUGCAGAUUGCGAGCGAGGAAGAGAAAACUAACACAGAUAAAUUCAUUACCGACGUGGAGACUAUGGUGACACGGUUCAGUAACGAAUUUAAGAAAUUUCAAAGUGUUAUCGAGAAUAUUAUCGAGAAAUAUCCUCAACUUCAGCUCAAUGGAAAUUAA